GAUCAUGGUUAUUAGAAGUGUAUGUGCAGCUCGUUUGUGUUUGUGUUCGUUCAGGCAGCUGCCGUGGCGGGCGCGGCUUUCCCCGCGGCUUUCAUGGGUUGGCCCGGGGCAACCCAGACAGAGAUACCACGCUACACAAACCUUUUGCUUGUAGACGCCACAUAGCGCGUGCACGAUGGCAGGCUAGGUCGCUGUUGACGAUUCACGCAUUCAGUGAGUGGGCAAGCCCCGGCGAAGCGAGGCCGAAAGGAAACGAAGCAACUGCGACAAACGAAACAGAGAUGAGCCAGCGGCAAGCGGGCGCGGGAGGCCCGCCGAAUCAGGGGCGCACUGGCGAGGGGGCGGGCCCGGCGACGGGGCCCGCGCAGCAGACCAGCGCCGGCACCGGGGGCAGGGCAGCAUGGGCCCAGGGGGAGGAGGUGCAGAGCGACGGGAAGUGGCCACGGCUGUGCCUGGAGCUGACCGGUGGGGCGGGGGCUGGCGCGGCGCUGCGGGCCCCGGGUCAGGGGCUGCGCGGCGCGACCCUGCUGGGCUCAGCGGACCGCUCGGGCGGAGGCCCGCCUCUGCCGCUGAACAAGGUGCUUGGGCGGGGCCGCCAGCUGGAGAUGCCACUGCUCAAGCCCGCAUCCAGGGCGCUGGACGGGCGGCAGCGGGUGCGCGCCGUGGCGGCGCUGCCGGACGGAGGCGGCCACAUGCGCUGGCUGCAGCUGGAGGGCGAGCUGCACAGGAUGGGGGCGCGCAGCGCAGAGGCGGCGGAGGCCAAGGUGUGGCGGGUGCAGGUCAGCCCCGACAGCGCUACGCAGCUGGACACAGCGCUGGAGGGGCGGUGGCCGGGCUGGAGGGAAAUGAGCCCGGUGCUGACCACCGUGCAGCAGGACGUGUUCGCGCCAGCCGACGGCGACGCGGGGGUGGGGGCCACGCUGGUGAUCGUGUUCGGCCCAUUCAAGGGGCUCGGGUACCAGAGGGUGGACCUGCAGGCGGCCGGGCUGCAGUGGCUGUCAGCGGCUGCGGUGGGGGCUGCGGCAAGUCCGAGUUCGCACAUGCGGCACCCGUCGAAUGGGUGCACACCGGUGGUGGGCCGCAGCGCCCUGGAGCUGAUGCCGCUUGCCGAAGGAAACCAGACGGCGUCUCCGACACAAGGCCCCGGUCCCGGCACACCCGGCACACCCGGCACCAACGGCGGCAGCGGCACAGCGGAGACGGCAUUGCAGCCCACCGGGCAGCGGGCGGGCAGGCCGCGAGCUCCACCUCCGCCGGCGGGGCAGGGAUAUAGCCGGAUCCCGUGCCUGGCUCGGAAGCGCCUGGCCGCGGCGGCGCCGGCGGGGGGCCAGGCGGCGGCGCAGGCUCAGGGCCCCGGCACAUCCGGCCUUCAAGGCGGCGGCGAGACGGCGCAGCCUCAGGCGCAGCUGCUGGAGGGGCCGACGAGAACCGCGGCGCGGGCGGCGGUGCGAGACCUCAUGGCGGCGGAGGAGCUCACCCUGACGGCGGCGAAGUGCGGCAAGCUUGCCGUCUGCAAUGUUCUGGAUGCCAUGCUCGCGCUGCUGGAGGCCAGGGAGGCGGCGCUGCAGCGGGAGAAGCCUGCGCUGGGUCUGGGGGUGGGCGCGGGGGCGGGGGCGAGCGGCAGUGCAGCGGGACCGGGCGCGCCGGCGGACCAGGACCUCCGCAGGCUGCGGGUGGGCGCGGCGCUGAAGGCCGACGCAGAGCUGGCGCAGCGGGUGGCGGCGGACCCGCUGGUGCGGGAGCGGGAGGAGGCCCUGCGCCAGGCCACACAUCAGAUGGGGAUAGCGCUGAAGGAUAGCGCCGCCAUGGUGUGAGGCACGCAAGCAAGUUGGCGGAGGUGGUGGCGAUUUGGGGCAUGCUUGGCACGCGAGGACUCGCUCUCACAUGCGCACUCUGCGCACUCUGCGCAUUUUGCGCACUCACGCGAGGAGCUAUUGCGUUGGUGCAUGCGUAGCAAGGGGAAUAGCUAGUUUGUACGUGUGUGCCGCCGAGCUGGAGAGCCGCUGAUGGAAUGAGGGCAGAACUGCCACCGCGCGUUAGCGCCGGCACUGUCCACUGUUGUUAUCGCUGUGUGCAUGCUGUGCCCACUAAUAACAUUGUCUGGAUCCAGGCGCGUGUGAGAGGGAUAGAAGGGUGGGGGCAGGGAAGGGGCGGGGACUUUUAGCGGGGGUUAGCCGCGGGGGGACCUGCCCUCGGCGAAACCGGAUGGUGCCCGACAGCACACGCCGCUGGCUAUAACUCCUCACCAGCUCCUGUGCUUCGAAGCUCGGUACUGACUCUCACACUGUACAAGACACACCAUUACGAUACCAACGCCGCCCCACAGCAGUCAGGCUUCGCGUCGGUCCACUGAAAGAAUGUGACGUUCGGAGACGCGGCGCAACCGGUGGCAAUUGCUCGUAUUUAGCUAUUUCAACAGAUAGCUAUUUCAAAGACGAGUCCAUAGGCCAUGAAGCGAGCGGCGAGCCAGCGCGAGGACCUGCCAGCGGCGAGCAGCGAGGAGCGGGGGGAGACGAAAGAGGAGGUCCGCAACCCCUAAACACACGGUGUGAGACGGUUAAUACACGAUACAUACAGGGGGCGCGUGCCGCGCCCCCUCCACAGUACGACAGCCAAUGCGAAGUGUGGUUUGCAGCUGUGUGCAGCAGCAAAAAAGUGCUGGCCUCAGCGGAUCUUAGCUCGGUGGAGGCUCGAUUUGAAGGGGGGUACGUAUGCUAAUUUAAUGCAUUACUUGGGCCUAGAUGCGGCGCGUGCAACCACAACGCACCCCCCCACACACCCCUUUUUGUUCGUUGGCAGUUGAUACGCAGUACGAAGGCAGGUGUAUGGUGGUGCGUUGUGGUUGUCAUAGAGGUACGGGUACUAAGUCAUUCCGCAACCCCGCGCCCCAAAGGAUAAGGCGCCUUAUCCUUUUAUAAUACGGUAACAAGCCAUAAAAGGAUGCGGGCUUCGCCCGCAUCUAGGCACAACGGUACCCCGGCCAGGCUCUUUUGGAAGCACCAAUGCGCGGGCGCAGCCCGUCGCAUGAAUUAUUACAGUCGUUUUCUGUGUGAAGUUGAGGGUGUACGGCGCGGCCUUUACCCGGUGCGUGCCUAGGGUAGUAGAGGUACGCGCGCUGGUUUUGCCUGUUCCUAUAAGAAGGACGCACACAGAGAUAGAUAAUCCAUGGUACCAUCUAAUAGCAACGGGGAGAUAUGGUAUUAGUAUAGAGUACGUAGACUAAUGUCAUAGAGGUACGUAGACUAAUAAUAUGGGUAAUGGUACUUGAUACCGUAUGUAAGAUGUGUGUGAAGUUGAUGGAGUAAGAAAGGUAUAGUAAUGGGGUAGUGAGUAGGUGUAUAGGUGUAUGGAAUGGUAUGUUAUAGGGAUAGAUGGUUGUGUGUGGAGGUGUAUCGGUUAGGUCCCAGGCGUCC